AUGAAUUUAAACAUACUUCCAGUUUAUUAUCAUUCAAACCCUAAAUCAUGGAUGAAUUCAUUGUUAUUUGAAGAGUUUCUUCAACAUAUAGACAAUAAAUUUAGAACUCAGAAUAAAAAAAUUUUACUUUUAAAUAAUAAUACACCAUUACAUUUUAAUCCGAAUAGUGUUGAACAAGAUAAUAAUUCUGAUGAUGAUGAUGAAUUUAAUGAAUAUAAUAACUUUGGUAAAGAAGGUUCUACUACAGCUCGAUUAUGUGGCAAUUUUCGCAAAAAUUAUAAUAAAAUGUCAAAAUUAACACAUGAAGAAGAUACUAAUCAAAUGAUUGCUAAUAAUUUAUAUAGUGAUUCUUAUGCUAAUUUGUUAGCAAAUGCACUAAAUGACUUUUUUUAUAGUCUAAAUGAGGAUAUUCCAACUAAAGAUAUUUUAAAUGAGAAUAAUAUCAUAAAUUUAAUUCAAGCUGAAAUGUGUAAUGAAAAUGAUAGUCCAAAUCAUUCUGAUGAUUCUGAAGAGGAACCCGAAUUUGUAUUAUUAAGUGAUGCAAGCAAAUCAUUGCAUAUGUGGGUAACCUUUUUUGAGCAACAACAAUCUGAUAAAUUCAAAAAAGAGGAUAUAAACAUUUUUAAAAACUAUCUUAAAAUAGUUAAAAGGCUUGAAUUUUAA